AUGGCGUUCUGGAAGGGCAACACCACGGCCGCCACGGCCCACGGCCCCGGCUACAGCUCCGACUCGGAGCCGUCGGUGAUCCACGACGGCGACCUCGCCUACACGCACGCAAAGGGCGGCAAUGGCUCCCGGGCCGCCUACCAGGAGGCCGUCGGCGCCCCCGUCGAGACCAAGUCGCCGCUCGGCUACCACGUCGGCUGGCUGACCAUCAUCUUCCUCAACGUCAACCAGAUGAUUGGGACGGGCAUCUUUUCGACUCCCGGCUCCAUCCUCGGCCGGACUGGGUCUCCCGGCCUCGCGUUGAUCUACUGGUUCAUCGGGACGCUGAUGGCCAUGGCCGGCUUCGCCGUCUACCUCGAGCUGGCCAGCUACUUCCCGAACCGCAGCGGCUCCGAGGUGGUGUACCUGGAGCAGUCGUACCCGCGGCCCAAGCACUUCUUCCCCAUCGCCUUUGCCGUGCAGUCGGUGAUCCUGUCCUUCAGCAGCAGCAACGCCAUCGUGCUGUCGCGCUACGUCUGGCGCCUGGCCGACAGGACCCCGACCGAGUGGGAGAUGCGCGGCGUGGCCAUCGCGGCCUACACGCUCGCCGUCGUGUGCGUCGUGGCGCACAACAAGUACUCGCUCUGGGCCACCAACGCCAUCGGAGCCCUCAAGAUCGGCACGCUCGUCUUCAUCAGCAUACUGGGCUUCGUCAUUCUCGGCGGCAACGUCAGCCGCGUCCCUGACCCGGGCCGCAACUUCCGCGACGCCUUCGCCGGCACCACCACGCAGGGCAACAGCCUCGCCAGCGCCCUCGUCAGCAUCGUCUUCUCGUACACGGGCUACGCCAACGCCUUCAACGUCGUCAACGAGAUCAAGAACCCGAUCCCGAAGCUGAAAGUCUACGGCUCCGUCUCGGUCCUGAUCGUGGCGGUGCUGUACAUGCUCUGCAACGUCGCCUACUUCUCGGCCGUGUCCAGGGCCGAGUUCGCGGCGUCCAAGGAGAUCGCGGCCUCGGUCUUCUUCGUCACCGUCUUCGGCGAGGGCGGCGCCGUCACGGCGCUCAACGUGCUCGUGCUGCUCAGCGCCUUUGGCAACCUGCUCGCCACCCUCAUCGGCUCGUCGCGCAUGAUCCGCGAGAUCGGGCGCCAGGGCGUGCUCCCUUACCCCUGGUUCUGGGUCUCCACCAGGCCCUUCGGCACCCCGAUCGGCCCUUACCUGCUCAAGUGGGCCAUGACCUUCCUCAUGAUCGUCGUGCCGCCCGCCGGCGACGCCUUCCAGUUCGUCGUCAGCCUCAAGACGUACCCGGACGGCGUCUUUCACUUUGCGAUGGCCGUCGGCGUCUACCUCAUCCGCCACCGCCGCGCGCGCGCCGGCAUCCCCGCGAGCGAGUUUCGGGCAUGGGACGUCGCCGUCGUCUUCUUCAUCCUGAUCCAGGUCUACAUCCUCGCCAUGCCGUGGUGGCCGCCCGCGGGCGGCAUCUACGCCGGUGACGUUUCCUUUUUUUACGCGACCUACUGCCUGGUCGGUAUUGCAAUCCUGGUCGUCUGCUACCUCUACUACUACCUGUGGAUCACGCUCCUGCCCAAGUGGAAGGGCUACCGCAUCCGGCCCGAGAUCCUCGACGUCGACGAGGGCUCGGGCGCCAACACGCACCGGCUGAUCAAGGUGCCGCUCGCCGAGCUGGACGAGUGGGACGCGACGCACGACGACGCCGGCUUCCUGCGCCGCCGCACGCGGGUCCCAGGCGCCAGCGCUGGCGGCAACGAGCUGUCGGAGAAUUCAUCCAACGCCGACGGCGCCGAGCGCGUGGCGGUCGACGAAAAGCCCAAGGCCUGAGGGUUUACUGUUUGGUAAAGGGAUUCUCGACGCGGUCUUUUUAAGUUUGGUUGUGCGCCAGGUUCUGGUCUUGACGUUUUGCCAGUGAAGCAGGCUUAUUGGUUAGAUGCCUUGUUGAUGUUACAUGACACUGGCGUUUGCUCUGUUUCCAACGAAUGCGACCUCGAUAUCCAG